CGUCUAUCAUCACCCACCAGUCAUUUGCUUUACCCAAGAUCGACCACUCGUGCCACUCCAAGGCAUUUUGUCAUUUUUAUCGAGUUCGGCCACUUCCUUGGACCCAUCUGCAUUGUAUGCUCUACCAGUCCUCUAUCCUCUAUCUUCAUCGCAUAGCCAGACAUUCUCUUUGUCUCUGCGUCUCCGACUUUGUCCACGUCUGCGAUCCACUCUCCUUAGCUCAUACCAGCUAGACCAUCAAACCUCAUCCAGAUCUCCCCCAGAUCUCCCCUGCACCAAAAAGCCCCUCAACGCCUUUUCCACGACCUCCCUGACCGUGUGGUAAUGGUCAUAACCCUAUCUGUCCUCAUUCACCACCUAUCCAACCUGGUUACCCUCACUGCGCGGUCUCGAGGCCCGCUAGAAUAAAUCGCCAAAACGCAUCCCUUAAAGCGACUGCUUAUCUCCUUUCUCAAACCUCCUUGACCCGUUCUUCUUGCGCCCUUUCCCGGUCUCGGUCCAAUUCCUUGACGCCCUCCUGUGACGUAAGCAGCGUCUUCAAUGGGCCAACAACAGUCAAAGAGCAGCGAUGGAUCGAGAACUCCUCUAAAGAGCUCAUCUUCCCAAAACCUCCCCGAUACCCUCCAGCAAUACCCAUCCAUCUCCAAGUCUGAUACCAAAGAAAGCUCUUCGAGGUCAAUUAGGUCUUCGAUCCGAAGUAAAAUCAAGAGUUCUUCCGAUGACAAGUCUACGGACAGUCCAAGAGCAUCAGCCUCGGCCCUUUCUGGAUUAGAUGGCUCCAGCAGCGACCGAGCAGAUGCGAGCUCCAUUGCAAGUGGUCGCUCAGGCUCCUCGCGAGCCACCAAAGAAAAAUACACCAAUGUCGAUUCCCCCACAUCUCCCACCGAUGAUGACGAUGCACCGUCCCCAAGCACACCCGCUCGUCCACCUUCGCCCACCCAGUCCAAGUCUGUGGGCAAAGGCCAUCGAUCUGUCGAUCGCGCACAGCGCACCGGUGAGGUUGGAGCGGUCUCCGACGAGGCCCCCCAUCAAGCCCACCAUCACUCUUCCACCCAAAAGGCAGGCAGUUCCAUCUUAGUCAAGCGUGAGAAUCAGAUCAAUCCCCGCGCCCCCGAGACAAAGGCAUCUCUCCGUGCCAAGCUCGCCGAGUUGCCGGGUGCCUCCCCUGGGGGAGGAAUGGGGAUUGGAGAUGUCAACGACAUGGAUUUGGACGACAUGAUCUCGCGAUUGCUUGACGCUGGAUAUUCGACCAAGGUCACCAAGGCUGUCUGCCUAAAGAAUGCCGAGAUCACGGCCGUCUGCACUGCUGUUCGCGAAGUCCUUCUUUCGCAACCCGCGCUGUUGGAGUUGAGUGCACCCGUCAAGAUUGUGGGCGACAUCCACGGCCAGUACAAUGAUUUGAUCCGACUUUUCGAAAUGUGUGGCUUCCCGCCCAGCUCCAACUUCCUCUUCCUCGGAGAUUACGUUGAUCGAGGCAAACAGUCACUCGAAACAAUUCUUUUACUCUUCUGCUACAAGUUGAAGUAUCCUGAGAACUUCUUCAUUCUCCGCGGCAACCACGAAUGCGCCAACGUCACUCGAGUCUACGGCUUCUACGACGAGUGCAAACGAAGGUGCAAUAUCAAGAUAUGGAAGACAUUCAUCGACACAUUCAACUGUCUACCCAUUGCAUCCAUCGUCGCCGACAAAAUCUUUUGUGUGCAUGGAGGUCUAUCGCCCAGCCUCUCACAUAUGGACGACAUCAGACAGAUUGCGCGCCCCACCGAUGUACCCGACUAUGGCUUGCUCAACGACUUACUCUGGAGUGAUCCAGCAGACAUGGAUCAGGAUUGGGAGUCCAACGAGCGGGGCGUCAGCUAUUGCUUUGGCAAAAAGGUUAUCGUGGACUUCCUGGCCCGACAUGACUUCGAUCUGGUCUGUCGAGCUCACAUGGUGGUGGAAGAUGGUUACGAGUUUUUCAAUGAUAGACUCCUGGUCACGGUGUUUUCGGCACCCAAUUAUUGUGGAGAAUUCGACAACUGGGGUGCCGUGAUGUCGGUUUCCAGCAACCUUCUGUGCAGCUUCGAAUUGCUCAAGCCGCUUGACUCGAGCGCCCUGAAAAAUCACAUCAAGCGAGGACGCAACGCACGACAGAACAUGCUCAACAGUCCGCCUGCACAAGUAUCGGCACAGAGCUUUUAGAGAUUGCUUCCACUGCGAAGUAGUCAGGGUCGACGACAGUGGGAUUCCAGGUGGCACACAGCACAAGCAUCGUGAGAGAGAAGCCGCUCUGCUUGACUCGGUUUCCCCCAAUCAAAUGGACCUUGGGGCUAGGUACAAUACACACACUCCUGCCGUGGGAUGGCUUCUGGUACUCGAUCGAGUGACGCUCGAGGGCAGGCGUUGGAAGGUUUUUAAGUUUACAAAACAUCGGCAGCACGAAACAAAGAGUCAUGCAUUCCGGAUGCAAACGGCAUAUAAAAUUGGAAACAGCUUGGCAGUGCGCAGCGCAAUGGCACCAAGGAGCACAGGGCAGUUGUUCUACCCAGGGUUCGGGCUUGAGAUGAGAUGGUGCUGAAAUUGCGAGGAUCGGCGAACUGAACGGCUCAACAUGGAUGUCGUGUGGGAAAUAGAUUUGGGGAUGAUGAAUGUGCAUGUGAAGAAUGAUAGCAAGCUAGGUCGACUUACUCAACUUUUCAAACACCGUGGACGGGUUACAAUUUGAUUCUACUGACUCAACACUAUGCGUGGGCUCCAAACAUGUAACUCAUCGAGUGUGCC